AUGGGAAAAGUAAAUUCCAAAUCGCAUUCUUUAAACGCAUUCAAAUCAAAGAAAAAGCAUUGUCAACAAUUAUCAACACAUUCCAUAUCAUCUUCUUCAACUAUUUCAUCAUUUUCUUCGGAAUCCACUUCACAAGAAACCAUUGCAUCAUCCAACGAAGACUUAUUUCAUUAUAUCGGGGAUAGAAAAUUUUGUAAAUUUUCUGAAAAAUUAAAUUACGUAUAUCCUGUCGAUGCAGACGAAUCCGAUAGAGGUCAAACAUCUCAUUUUAUGUAUAAGCAUGUAUGGGACGGAAAUUUUUCUGCUCCCGUUGAACAAAUGUUACAAGAUGAAUCCACUAAAGUUUUAGAUAUUGGCUGUGGGUCUGGAACCUGGAUAUUAGAUAUGGCAUUUGAAUAUAAAAAUGCUCAUUUUACAGGGAUUGAUGUUGCAGAACUUUAUCCUGUAGAGAUCAAGCCAAAAAAUGUUUCAUUUGUUCAAGCAAAUGUUCUUGAAGGUUUACCUUUUGAAGAUAACACAUUUGAUUUCGUUUAUAUGCGUUUCAUGAUGUUCGCUUUCACCUUGAAAAAUUGGGAUAUUGCUAUAAAAGAAUUGGCUAGAGUUUGUAAACCUGGUGGUUUUAUCGAAUUGAUGGAAAAAGACAUCUUUUGGUAUAAUGAAGGUCCAUUUUGCAAGUCCGCUCGCACAGUUAUGGCUGAUGAAUUAAGAGAACAAAAAAAUAUUGAAGUAGUGAUCACACCAAUUUUAAAUAAAAUCUUAUCUCAAUAUUCUGACGUAGAACGUGACGCGAAAAUCAUGCCAUUUGGCGAGUGGGGAGGAAAAUUGGGCAACUUGUACAGAGAAUUAUACUCCUGGGGAGCCAAAAAUUUGAAAAAAGUGAUGACUGAUGUCGGAUUUAGCGAAGAUGAAUGGGAUGAAACGGUUGAAAUUUGUUUAAAGCAAUUGCAAGAACGCAAAAGCUAUGAUAAGAUUCAUAGAUUUUGGAUCAAAAAAUGUUGA